UUUAUCGAUACAUAGAGACACAUUUAUAUAUAAAUAUAGAAAAAUUUUAUAUUCAGUUAGAGUACCCGGUGAAGUGAACACACGUGCGCGCAAAAAAAGGAAUGUUUCUAUUUUUACAUACUCGUGCGAUACAGUGGUAGUUUCUAAAACUGCUGCUGCUCUCCGUUUGUAAAUAUGGGUGCAUUAAAGCAGAACGAGUGUCGCUUCUGCCGCAAGGUAUUCUGCUGCGAGGACUGCCGAGGUACGCACGAGAGGAACAAGCACCCCGUGGCCAAGUGCAAUCUCUGCUUCGCGCAGCCCGUCCUCUUCAAGCCGCCCAAGGAGGACGAGGAGGAGCUCAAGCCCGAAAACUCGGAGGUGCUCUGCCACAUAGUGUUCAAUCAUCUGCCGCUGCACUGCAAGCUCUGCGGCGUGAGGUACUCCACCAAUCUGGAAAUAUUGGCCGCCAAGCCUUGCAGAUUCACGAAGGAGGAUCGCUCGAUCAAGCAAGAGGCGGACGAAAAGCACCAUCAUCGUCCGGUGAAAACAGCGCUGCCGGUCACGCCGCAACAACAACAGCCAUCCUCGGACGUCUUGAGCAGUGAAAAGUCGCUGCUGGCCAGCGCCGUCCAGGGCAGCUCGCACAAGGCCCGGCUCAAGGCGGUGGAGAACUUCAGCGAGUCGCCGCCCGCCGAUCUGGUCUGUCACACGUCGACGCCUAUGCACGGCGCAGCGGUCUCGAUCGCGGCCAAGCAUCAUCUCAACGGACAGGCGGCCAGCCAUCUGCUGCCGCACUUCUUUCUCAAGACACCGUCGUCGGUAGGCUGCAAGCGCAGCUUCGCGGCCUCCGUCUCGUCGAUUUCGUCGUCUUCGACCUCGUCUUCCGAGCGGUCGAGAUACUACACCGGCGUCGGCAGCAGCGCCGAGAGAAUCUUGCUCGAGAGAUUCGAUUCUGGUGAGAAUCAGUUCGAGGCCGACUCAGCCGCCUGGAAUACACCGUCGCUCAAGUCCAGCGCCAAACCGAAUCCCGCCUUCGAUCCUCACCUGAAGAAGGAGCGCAGCAUCUUGAAGCCGGACCUGCUGGAUCGUCUGCUUCACGUGCGGGACGACUCGACCUGCGGCCUGCGCGAGGACUCGAUCGAGAAGCGAGUGAGGUUCAGCGAUCAGUUGUGCAUACCGGCCUAUCACGAGUCGUCGCUAUCGUCCGACAACACAGCUGGUACUACGACGAGCGUCGACAGCGAUAUGACGGCCAACAGCGCCGACAGCGACAUAUUCUUCGAGGCCAAGGAGAAUCUCGAUCCCGAGGAGGACAUAAACGCGCAGAAGCUGCAGGACAGCAGGGAUGGAAACUGCAAUUGCCACGAGUGUUGUCAACGUAAACGGCAACGUUGCGUUGGUCAAACGUCGAAGACGACGAGCAAAAGCGAACAAAAACAACAGCAACAGCUCAAAAGUGAAAAUGUAGCCAUCGUGAGCGAUAAAUUAUCUGCCAAUGCCUCGACGACCAGCACCUCGUCGACGUCCUCGAGGGUAGUCAUGAUGCUGGUGGUCGAGCAGACGGACUCGAAGAGCUUUUCCAGCAUGAAUCUCGCGCCCCUCAUCGAUUCGGGCUUGAAGCAGCUCGAGCAGAACGGAGCGUUCUCUAAUCAGAGAUCCGAUAAUGGAACCGUUUCCAUAUCGUGCGAAAAAGCACAAGGCGAGUCCCUGGAACACUUUGCCUCGUCGAACAAGGAGAUGUCGUCGUCGAGCAUAGCCCCGAAAAUGGGCAACAGCUUGAUCACCGCCGGCAGCCGCCACCAUCAUCACCAGCACGAAUCCUCUCAGCUGCAGCACCCGAACGGCGGAGGCGUGCGAGCCAUCAAGGACUUCGUCAGCAUCAGCGGCCGCGUCGAGUGUUUUUCCACGCCCAAGCAGGAGGGCAACCUGAGCCAGUGCGCGCGUCGAUUCGGCUCCGAUCUGGACUUCGAGAUCGAAGAGAGAGAGCCGAACUCGAGCUGCGGCAGUCUGCCGGGAGUAGACGAUAAUAAUAAUAACAAUUACAACAGCACCGACAGCAGCAGCAACGCCAGUCCGAGCGCGGGCCAAAAAAAUCCGAGCACUCACGGCGUCGGUGACGGUGACUGUGGCAGCAGCAACAGCAGGUCGGACGGGAUUUUUUCGGUGGUCGCGCGAGUUGUCCGAUCGGCAUUCAACAAGUUACCGGCUGCGAUAUCGGGGCAGACGUUAGUCCGGAGCCACAGCGAUCCAGGCUGGUGUAGCAACUUGGCGGAUCACAAACAAGCAGCAACGCAGCCAAACGAGCACCACCAGCAACAGCUUCAAACACCUCGAGGGGCUCACGUAACGCGCCGAGCAUCCCUUUCGUUUUCAGCCCGGGAAGAGAUCACGACUGUGAUUCCCCGCGGUCAUGGCGCGACCAAUGAAAUAGUCGCCACGACGUCGUCGUUGGAGCAGUGGCCACAGCGGCCACUACAGCGAUCGGCUUCCUCGAUUCAGGUCGGCUCGAAGCGCCCGAGAGCAUCUACUCCCGACAAUAACGAGGAGCAACAGCAUCAGCUGCAGCAAUCCAACGCUCGUUAUUACGCAAACAGACCAGCUCGGGACUCGCCUGGUACAGCUAUCUGUCACAGUCCAGUUGCGAAGCGUCAUCGAGGCUGGUACAGAAUACGGGGCCGCGAGCCGAUCGCUCGAAUGCGCCAACUGGCGCUGACGGCCUCGCCUCGCGGCGCCUCCAGGGAGACUCAACGCUUUCAGCAGGGGUCGCUCAGCAUCGGGGACACUUUUCUACCGCUGCCCUCGCGCGCUCAUCAAUCCACCCAGACCGAACAACAAUGAGUGCUCAACAUGUCUCUCCCUAUUCACGUUUUAUUUUGCUUAUUUUGUAUAUAAGUUUAAUUUUAGUUAAUAUACAUAUGGAUUCUCGAGAAUUUUUAUACAUAAGUUUAUUUUAUCGAUGACUGUGUAUUUUAUGUUGAAGAAACUUGACUUUUUUGUUACAACUAUUCUAAAUUGUUUAUAAAACGUAAUAAUUCCAUUAAGAUGAUGUUUUUUCUUUAAUGAAUAAUAUCCCUGA